CCACAGACUGGGUCCCAUUGCUCAGUGUACAUCCAUGUGUGUUUUUUAAAUGUGUUUAUUUUCCCUAAUGGACUCAAACAACCUUUCAAGAUAAAAGACUAUAGAUAAAAGACUCAAGAUAAAAGACUUGUAUGCAUUCCCAUGUCAUUCACUCAAUCACCACACUACACAGCAUACAAAAUUUGAACUGCAGUAGUCUUCUCAAGGUCCCAAAAGGACAAACACACUCCUGCACUUCGCUAGGGGUUGUGACACUUCCCUAGGUUGUACACAUUGCAACAUAAGAACGGAAUGGUGUAGACUGCCAGGGUAUUUGCGCCCUGUCAUUUGGCUGCUUGAAGCUUUGGAGAGACCGAUGGCUAUGGCACAGCAGCUCAGGAAAUAAUACAGAAUGCUAGAACCCUAGCACAAAUUCUUUUAAUGCUAGGCAUUCUUAAGCUCCUGGACGUGUUUCCGAAAGGGACCAGACACCCUGCAUUGUUAACAUUCUCUAAGAGUUAAAGAGUCCAAUAGUCCCCCUUGUGUUGAAGUCAAGUUUGCUCUGUAUGAACUCAUAGAGGAUACUUGACUAGAAUCAUUGUAGACAGCCCUUUGUGCCGGUCAUCACCUAGGCAGAGAACCGCUAAGGUGAUAAGCUUUUCUGUCUGUUUUGAUGGCUGGAUAUCUUUUCAGGCAAACCCAGGGUUCCUUCCUAAGGUUAUAAAUCUAAAAAGUUUUGAUUGACUUUGCAGUGUUCUACAAUGGUUAAUUUGUAGAAAGUUCACUACCAUGAGUAGUAACUGAGCUGCAAAGAAUAAAGCAAAGAGAUCAUGAAAAUUCAUAUUAAUACUAUUGCCCCUGGCUUGUAUAAGGUCCCACCAAUCCACCUGCAACUAUGAGGAAUGCAGAGUAUGUUUCACUCUUUCUUGUGAAAAGCUGAUGAUUUGUCCCUGGAAGAAUGUAACAAAUGCAUUAAUCUAAUCUGUAUUUCAGACAAAACCAGAUACACGCAUUACUGAAUCUCAUUCAUAUAUACAAUUAUGAAAAUGAGUAUCAAGUUGGAUUAACAGUUUAUUACAAACACAUAUCUAGUAGUGUGUUGUGUCCUAGCAUGAAUUUGCUUGUGUUUUAAUAUACAGCUAUGACUCUUGUGCUCUGUUGUGUUGUACCACACAAUGGUAUUCCAUGAAUGUUGCACUAUUGUGCAGUUACUGCAAAAUUUAUCUCAAAGAUGAAUAUCUCUGAAGGAAAAGAAUAUUUCUCACAGUGUAUGUCCUAAUUUGUGACUGGGAACACAUUCCCUACGUCAUCACACUGCCACAGAUCUUCUUCACACUAAACAGAGAAACCAGGCAAUGUCAAAAUCAGACCAAGCAACUUUUUGUUCAGGUUUGAUGCCCGCUGGCAUUGUUUUGUUGUUUUCUGACAACAUUAUCCCCUCACAUGAGCUGUUCUAGCAUUUCCUCCAGUAAGUGGAGCAAUUUGAGAGUACAUUCUGAGAGUACAUUCUGCACACUGAUGUUGAAUUUGGUUAUGAUUUGAUGGUUGUGGCCUGUCUGUGUGCUUUAACGAUUUUCUGUAUUUUCCUAUUUGUAGUCAUGUGAAAUAUGACUUAAUGAAAUCAUGAUGAUUGGCAAUGAUUUGACAAUACUGUAUUUAUAUGCAUCUAUAAAGGUUGGCAAUAUGACUGCGUAGUUUUUGUUAUGUUGGAGUGUCAUAGCAAAGUACAGUCUGUCUACAGCCUACAGUGUUAUUUGAAGACCCAGGAGAAUCAGGAGAAACUUGAAUUAUUUACCAGAAAAUUAACAUCCAAAGCACCCUGCAUGCCCUUGUAGCCAUUCCUGUCCUUCAGCCACCAAAUAUAUACAGAAUGGUAGUAAAGAGAAGCAUAACAUAUUUAAAAUGUACUGAAUUCUUUUCCACAUAGACAUGAACUGAGACUGAAAUGGAAUAUAUAGUACCAGGUGAAUUUAAUUCCUUAUUUAUCAGCAGUGACCCAUGCAGCAUUUGAGACCAUUCAUGAAAGACAGAGUGCAGCAACACGUCUAAAAAUCCAAAAAGAGAAAGAGAAGACUGGGAUGCCCUCCUCUACACAGCCCAGUCUUGGUUGGGCCGGUCAUUUUCAGGAACAUGGACAUUACGAGGAGCAUGGGAGGUCUGGAACUGAACACCACCAUGAAGUUUUAACUAAUAAGAACCACCUAAACAAAUCUCACACUGAGAAAGAUAUAGAUCAUAGCUACUAUAUUUCCAAAAUCUACCAGCCCACAGAUGCUGCAAGCAAAGAUUUAUGGGUGGAUUUAAAACAGAUGGAUAAAGGAAAGGUUCAUGGAGUCCUCUCUAAUACCCACAGACAAGCUUUGACUGUGAACUUGUCCUUUGAGUUUCCUUAUUAUGGACAUUUACUGAAAGAAAUAACAGUGACUACUGGUGGUUUUCUCUACACAGGAGACAUGAUCCAUAAGAUGUUGACAGCCACUCAGUACAUUGCUCCACUUAUGGCUAACUUUGACCCAAGUAUUUCCCCAAAUUCCACCAUCAUUUACUCUGAUAAUGGCACAGCUCUUAUUGUGCAGUGGGACCAUGUUUACCUCCAGGAUGACCCACAUUUGGGCAGUUUUACUUUCCAGGCUUUGUUGCACGGUGAUGGCAGGAUCACAUUUGCUUACAAAGAGAUUCCUGCUGAUGUCAAUGAAAUUAGAUCAGAGAAUCAUCCAGUGAAAGUUGGCCUUUCUGAUGCAUUUGUGGUGCUUCAUAAGAUUCAGCAGAUUCCAGACAUCGAUAUCCGAAGGAGAACAAUAUACGAGUACCAUCGAGUUGAGCUGUUGAAAUCCAAAAUUACCAACUCCACGGUCGUUGAGUUGCUGCCCCUUCCGACCUGCUUACAGUUCUCCAGCUGUGACAGCUGUGGUACAGCUCGCAUCGGCUUCAACUGUAGCUGGUGCAGCCGCCUACAAAGAUGUUCCAGCGGCUUUGACCGAAAUCGUCAAGACUGGGUUGACAGUGGUUGUUUGAAUGAGAUAAAGAACCAGAGUUGCAGUGAAACAAUCAAAACACAUGCUGUAAGCACUGGGCCUGCAAUCAAUAACACUGCAGCCUCUACAGCCACAGCCCAACCCAGCAGAUACAGCAGUGUUAUCAGCACGGUCUCAUCCCAAAAUAUUCAUCUCACUACCAUCUCUGUUAAGCAAGGGACAGAGAUUGUACUUCCUUUGACUGAAGCUAGAUCCUCUGAGGCAGGGAAGGCAGGUGAACAAAGUGAAAGGCUACAGACCGGUUUGCUGAUUAGCGUACUCCUCGUUGUGCUGUUAAUGGUGGCCGCAGCACUGGCUACAGUCUACAUGUACCACCAUCCUACCUCCAGUGCCAGCCUGUUCUUCAUCGAGAGACGACCAACACAAUGGCCUGUGAUGAAGUUUCGGCGAGGUUCUGGCCACCCAGCCUAUGCUGAAGUGGAGGCUAUGGGACGAGACAAAGAAGGCUUCAUUUUAAUAGAGACUAAAGACAACUUCAUCAUUGCAGACCGACGAGAGAGCUCAAUUACCACAGACCAAAGAGAUGGCUUCAUUGUGCCUGACCAAAAAGAAAGAUUCCUUGCUGUGGGACAUCAUUGACAUGCACAGAACUUACUCUGUAAAGAGACUGGACAUUAAACAUACCUCAGAACAGUUACUAUAAUUUUUUUUUUAACAAAUGUUGACAAAUCUAUCUAUCUAUCUAUCUAUCUAUCUAUCUAUCUAUCUAUCUAUCUAUCUAUCUAUCUAUCUGUCUAUCUAUCUAUCUAUCUAUAUAUAUAUAUUAGUGCUGGGCAAUGAUUAAAAUGAUGUAAUCAUGAUUAAUCGCAUGUAACUAAUCGCAUGAUGUAAUCAUGAUUAAUUUGCUAUGCAAAAAAACUCAAUAAUGAAUUAAAAAAAAUUGUAUUUUGCACGGGGGGCACGGUGGCUUAGUGGUUAGCAUGUUCGCCUCACACCUCCAGGGUUGGGGGUUCGAUUCCCGCCUCCACCUUGUGUGUGUGGAGUUUGCAUGUUCUCCCCGUGCCUCGGGGGUUUCCUCUGGGUACUCCGGUUUCCUCCCCCGGUCCAAAGACAUGCAUGGUAGGUUGAUUGGCAUCUCUGGAAAAUUGUCUGUGAGACUGUGUGUGUGCCCUGUGAUGGGUCUGCACUCUGUCCAGGGUGUAUCCUGCCUUGAUGCCUGAUGACUUAUGAGAUAGGCACAGGCUCCCUGUGACCCGAGAAUAGUUCGGAUAAGCGGUAGAAAAUGAAUGUAUUUUGCACUUUUAAUUUAAAAAAGUGUUGCUAUAUGAACAAAAGUGCAUUAACAUUUGAUUUGCAAACACUUAAAACUUAUAAGGUGCUUUUUUACAGUAUUUCCUUUACAUAUUAGCAGUUAAAUAUUUUAAUGUAAAUCUCAACUUAAACAUUAAUAGAAUUAAAUUAAAUCUAAAACCAAAGCUAUUUGCCACCGCCAGGGUGUCAUUGUUUUGUCUAGUUUGUUAUAGAAAAACAAGUUAUGCUCGGAGCCCAGAACCUCAAUCAUGACGUUAUAACAGACACCUUCCUAGCAACAGCUAGUUAACAUUUAUAAUUAUUAUAUUUAAUUUUCUUUUCUGUACAGGUACCAGCAAAAACAUUUGAGAAGAGAUUUGAAAUGAAAAUGUCCAUUUAAGAGUUUGGUACCUUUCUCCAUUUUUCUGUCCCCGCUAGUUCUUUGAGCGGUGUGAGCGCUGCAGUAGUCUUAACCCCACCGUCAAAUGCUCUCGUUGGUCUUUCACAACCAGUACUGAUCAACAUUCCACCCCUCCUGUGAUCCACUGGUUUAUCUGUAUGUAUAUUCAGAGCCCUUGAUCAAGUGACUUUCAAAAUAAUAAUAAUAAUAAUUAACUGUGUUAAUGCGUGAUUAAAAAAUUGUCUGCGUUAAUCAAUUAAUGCGGUUCUGCGUUAAUGUGCCCAGCCCUAAUAUAUACAGUAUAUAUAUAUAUUCUUAUUUGCACUAUAUAGUUCUUUUUUAUUAUUGAAAAAAAAAAAGAUUCUCAUCUGCUUAUUUGGUCAACAUGAAAAAACAUGCAACACUGAUAUGAUAUUACAUAAAGAAUUUUAAUGCACACUAAAUAACUACACAUUUUUAUUUGUAUAUAUGAUUCUAGUGUGUGAUUCUUGUAAAUGUAUUUCUCUGGAAGGCUUUACUAGCUAAUUGCACAGAAAUGGUCAGGAUUUGUUAGCAAUGUUCUUAAAAGUGGUGCUGUGAAAAACAAAAUUUAGAUGUUUCUUGUAGAAAGAGUUGAAAUAAAAAGAGUUAUAAUAAGAUUUUAACAACAAAAUUAAUAAAGCCUGAUCAGUGUAGAAUCUUUCAAAUGCAUUUGGCAAAGGAUCAAAAACUUAUGAUCUCAUGUACAGUAUGUGCCUAGAACAUAUAUAACCUACUGUUUACGUUUACAGCAUUUAGCAGAUGCCCUUAUCAAGAUAUCCAGCAAAUCUACCCUGUAAUAUAUUAAAUUAUAUUAUGCACAUAAUGAUCAUA